AAGAAGAAGUUAGCCGUUAGCUUCCCGGUGCUGCAGGCUCUGGUUCUAUCUCUAGCUGAUCAACAUGGUCCAACUAGUAGGUUCCCUUCGAAAAGAGCUGGCUGACUCGCUUUCCACCUGCAAGGUGCUUGUGGUGGGAGCGGGAGGGAUCGGCUGCGAGCUGCUGAAGAACCUCGUCCUCACCGGCUUCAAAAACAUCGAAGUGAUCGACUUGGACACAAUUGAUGUGAGCAACCUGAACCGACAGUUCCUCUUCCAGAAGAAGCAUGUGGGCAAGUCUAAAGCACAGGUGGCCAAGGAGAGCGCCUUGCAGUUCUGCCCCUCUGCAAACAUCACUGCCUACCACGACAGCAUCAUGAAUCCUGACUACAAUGUGGAGUUCUUCAGAAAGUUCAUGCUGGUGAUGAAUGCUCUGGAUAACAGAGCGGCCCGUAACCAUGUGAACAGGAUGUGUUUGGCAGCAGACAUCCCUUUGAUAGAGAGUGGCACCGCUGGAUACCUGGGACAAGUCUCAGUCAUCAAGAAGGGAAUGACAGAGUGCUACGAGUGCCAACCGAAGCCCACACAGAAGACUUUCCCAGGAUGCACCAUAAGAAACACGCCGUCUGAGCCCAUUCACUGCAUCGUCUGGGCCAAGUAUCUCUUCAAUCAGUUGUUUGGAGAAGAAGAUGCAGAUCAGGAGGUUUCCCCUGACACAGCGGACCCAGAGGCAGCAUGGAAACCCGAAGACACAGCAGCUCGAGCCACAGCUUCAGAAAAAGACGGGGACAUCAAGCGUGUCUCCACCAAGCAAUGGGCCCGCUCCACCGGAUACGACCCCGUCAAACUCUUCAACAAGCUUUUCAAAGAUGACAUCAUGUACCUGCUGACCAUGGACAAGUUGUGGAAGAAGAGGAAAGCUCCCAUACCUCUAGACUGGCAGCAGCUAGAGAACAAUGCGUCUCCUAAGGAUGAGACUCCAGUCUCAGGUUUGAAGGACCAGCAGGUUCUGGGCGUUUGGGGCCACUGCCAACUGUUCCAGCACAGCGUGGAGACGCUCCGAUCACAGCUGCAGGAGAAAGGAGAAGGAUCUGAACUCGUCUGGGACAAGGACGAUCCUCCCGCCAUGGACUUUGUUACCGCGGCAGCCAACUUACGUAUGCACAUCUUCAGCAUGAACAUGAAGAGUCGCUUUGAUGUCAAAUCCAUGGCAGGUAACAUCAUCCCAGCUAUUGCAACGACCAACGCUGUCAUCGCAGGACUCAUCGUACUGGAGGGCCUCAAGAUCCUGUCUGGGGAACUGGAAUCCUGUCGCACGAUCUUCCUGAACAAGUGUCCCAACCUCAGGAAGAAGCUGCUGGUCCCGUGCAUCCUGGACCCGCCCAGCGCCAACUGCUACGUCUGCGCCACCAAACCUGAAGUCACAGUCAAACUCAACGUCCACAAAACCAUGGUCCUCGUCCUGCAGGACAGGAUCCUGAAGGAGAGGUUCGGCAUGGUGGCUCCAGAUGUGCAGAUAGAAGAUGGUAAAGGGACCAUCCUCAUCUCUUCAGAGGAAGGAGAGACAGAAGCCAACAACAGCAAAUUUCUUUCUGACUUCGGGAUCCGUAAUGGCAGCCGACUGCAAGUCGACGACUUCCUCCAAGACUACACGCUCCUCGUCAACGUCCUGCACACCGAGGAACUGGAGAGGGACGUGGAGUUUGAGGUAGUCGGCGAGGCCCCAGACAAAGCCCCGCCCCCUCAGAGUAAGCAGGAAGACGUUAACAGCAUCACCAACGGCAACAAGGACACCGCCCAGCCGUCCACCUCCUCUAAAGCUCCAGCAGAGGACGACGACAUCAUGAUCGUGGACUCUGAUGAGGAGGAAGGGGCGUCGUCCAGCUCGGCGGCAGCAGCGGCGAACAGCAGCGCCAAGAGGAAGCACUCGGAUGCAGAAACAGGCGAGACCUCCACCAAGCGCCCACGGACUGACUCAAGCGCAGCGGCCGCCCCUACCGACAAUGAUGACGAUGACAUCAUUGCUCUGGACUAACACACACCCCCCCUUCCUCUCCCCGCGCGGUCUCCUGAAGGACUGAGAACUCUUUGAACGCUUGUCAUUUUGACUCGAGACAAACCAGUAGGCUUAAAAUAAAAACACCUCUUUUAUGAAGAACAAUUUACUGCCCAGUUCAUCUUUCGCCACUUCCCAUCACCUCCACCCCCUCCCCCACCACCACCCAACUCUGUGUUUGUGCUUUCAUACUCCCUCUCCUCUCCUCUCCUCACACGAUGCUGUAAAUAGAUUCUACAAUUUAAAAACGUUUUGAAAAAAAUACGUACAAUUUUUUUUGUUUGGUUAUUUUUAUUCAUU